UUGCAUUUUUGAUGAAAACAGAAACAGAGCAGGCGUGUUUGCUUUUAUAUUCCCCCUCUCUUCCCUAGCCUCCUUGAAUGGCGACUCCACUGGACGUGACUGAAUUCACAGCCAAAGAAAGAGAUGCGGCUCGGAAGGACCUCAUCAAAAAGAUAGAGAGCUACAACAAGAAAGUGAGGAAAAGCAAGACCAAGGAGACCUCCUUCCCUCUCUCUGCACCUCAGACACAGGACCUGGUCUACAGAGGCGUAAUAAGAAUCACUUAUGACCGUGGAUAUGCUAUACAGACCAAAUCAAUGUUGGUUGGUAGUGAUUCUGUGACUGAGGAUUUGAUCCGUCAGCUAAUUGAAGUCCUGGGCCUAUCAGGAAAACCUGAGGACUAUGUCCUCGAAGAAAGAAACCACUCUACUCACAGUACUAGAGUUUUGGGUAAGACAGAGUGUCCACUCAAUCUCCAGCUCCAGUAUGGGGCACAUGCUCCCCUCCUUGAGAUAAGACUUGUCAAGAUCUCUAAAGAAACCAGAGCUAGUGGCCGUACAAGGGGAGAGACACAAAAUGUUGAAAAGGAAGACGAAAAAAGUCACCACCCAAAAAGAGGAAACUCUAGCAUAACUCCAAAAGAUGAAGUUACUGAUCAUGGAGCUGCUAAUAUUGAGCAGAUGAUGGAUGAAGCAUUGGAAGACCUCCCAGGACUAGUCUCCGAUAUUAAAGAGGAGCUAAGAUUACUCUCAACAAUCGUAGCACACGAGGGUAAACCUUAUCCUCACGUCCCAUCAAGACGUGUACUCUGGGAUACUUUAAAACCUCAAGUCUCUGCUCUUGUUAAACACAUACGUCAUCUAGUCGAUAAUGAGGAAUGGCUAGUCACUAGACACUGUCCUUCAGAUGAAUUUAGGCUAGUUGUUACUCUCCUGCUUGAACUAAUCACAGAUUACAGCAGAGAACUCAUCACUGUCACAAAAGAGCUCUGUGGCCUUAAAGGUGCUGCUAGAACAGGUUUCGAGACUUCAGUGGGCAAUUUUCUCCAGCAAAUAAAAUUUAUAUCAAAUCUUGUCGAGAGGAGUUGCGACUGUCUCAGAGCUGCAGCCCUGUCAGGGUAUCUCCUACAUGCAACUGCACCCGAGAACUUCCUAAAAGGGCAACUAGACGAGAAGUCAUACUUUGUUGGCUCUGGUCGUAUCUCUGGAGUUCUAGUCUUCACAACUAUCACAGCUUAUCUGGGAUUAAUACGUGCAGCAUAUGAAGACAAAGCUGAUUAUUUUGCAGCACUAGCUCAUAAUAUGCUCCAGAGCACAGGGAGAGCAUUAGAAAAGAUACAGGAAUCAAAAGAGUAUUCUCUCAUUCAUUUGCAUCCAUUGAGAAGCAGAAUAAUGGAUAUGGAGCACAAGCUCAAAGUUGCAAUGGACAGACUAGUGAAAAGAGUAAAGACUGCAGCAUCAAAGGAAACACAACCAGCUGCAGUUCCUGAUUUAUUGAUAGCAGGUCACACUCUCAUUGUAGCAAUGCUUGAUUACCUGCUAGUUGCACAGUGUGCCUCACUCCUUCAUGAAAUAAGAAUCUCUGGCUGGGAGCUCUUGCAAUUGCCCUGGGUGCAGGGAUGGGCCUCCAGUAGGGCAGCAAAAAACAAUGAUGAUGAUGAAUGCUGGUCAUCUUCUCCAAUCUCUAGCACUACCUCUGGGUCAACUGCUGGAAAAUCCAUUGGUACACUGAGCAGUACAUCCAGUAGCAAGAGACACAGCAAAGAAAGAAAGUCAAGGAUUGCAUCUCAUCCUAAAGUUAAUGGUACAGAAUUCUCUCCAUCAUCACCAUCAAUAUUAAGCAUAGAGCAAUUGACAUUGCAGCCUAGCCACUUGCCACUGAACUACAAUGGGGACAGUGGUGAAGAUGCUGAUGAUGAAGGGACAAGAUCAAUAAGUAGCAGUGAUCAAGGAAUUAAGCCAAGUGCCCCUAAUGUCAGUCCAGUCAAGCCUCUCUCACCGCAUUUAUUUUCUAAUGAUAGCUCACAGUAUAUGGGGAUUGAUGCUGUGAAAAGACUUAGAAAGCAUUACAUUUUAAACAAGGCAAUAUCAAAGGUUGCAGAGAGUUUAUUGCUCAAAGUAACUCAAAGUGUUCAAUUCCUGACCCAGCAAUGUCGCGAGAACUCCAAAGAGAAUUAUCAUGCAACUGUAGAUGAGAUCCUUAGGGCAGCAAGACAUCUUAGGGAUGAGGUAUCAGCAAUGGAAUGUGAUAUUCUCGGUAGUAGCAACAUGCAAGAAACAUUAGAUAAUUCUGGGGAACAGCUUAAAACGGCUACAAUAUCUAUCUACAUGUCACUUUCUGCAGCAUGCGCUCCUCAAGCAUCCGAUCGAGACAGGAUGAGGCUAAUGACCUCUGCAACUCACAUCAGUGAAAUAUGCACCAAGACAAUUCGAGAUGCAUUGACCAUGGUCUCUGAUCAUAAAAAGGCGCUAGCUCAAGCUGAGAAACUUGAGGAGGAGUUUGUAGCUCUGAUGACUGGACACAGAAUAAAAAACAAAAGAGACAGCUCAAAUAAGUCUGACUCAUCUCCAAGCAUUAGUAGAGUAAGAAAAGCAAUCAGUGGAGCAAAAUUACCAUCAGAUCAUGACUCUGACACUGUUAUUUUUGAAGAGAUCUCUCCAAGGGCAUUUAUGCCUGGGAGUGCAUGGGCUGCUACUGCAACACCAAAAAUAAUUGGAGGGACACUAAAGCAGCUGCUACAAAGACUGACACACGAGAGGACAGUUGAAUCAGAGUUUGUGGAAACAUUUAUCUUAGCAUUUCAUCGAUUUCUACCUUGCGAACAAUUAUUAUCAUCUUUGAUUGAGAGAUAUCACAUCAAGCCAGAUUUAACUGAUAUUGAUCCAGACACAGUAGAAAUUGAUAUCAUCAUACCAAUAAGACUAAGAGUUGUACAUGCUCUUAGACUUUGGUUAAAAUUCCAUCCUCAGGACUUCAAUUCAGACUCACCUUUAAGAGGAGAAAUGGAGUCAUUCUUGAGGGGCAUUGAAGGUGAAAUGGGUGCUUGCAGUAAGCAGCUACAAAAACUCCUCCAAGGAGAUAGAUCCAGUUUAACGCAAAUGAUGAAAAGACAGACCUCCCAACCAAUUGAGCCAAUCAUUAAAGAUAAUAAAUUUUCCAUCACUGAUGCCAAUACGCUUGAAUUGGCAAGACAGCUCUGUAUCAAAUAUUUCAACCUUUUCAACCAAGUGCAAUUAAAAGAAUUCUCUAUGCUUGCUUGGGAAAGUGAAAGAGAUCAAGGGAAACUAAUAGAGAAGAUACCUGGUCUAACAGCAGUCAAGCUAUUCUCGAGAAAUCUAUCAAAAGUAGUGACAGAGACACUGUUAGUGGAUGAUGAGAUUGAGAGACAAUCACUGAUCAUAUCAUAUUUCAUAAAAUCAGCCGAGAGUUGUCUUCAAUUGAAUAAUUUUGAAGCAGUAGCAGCCAUAAUAGCUGGACUGACCUCUGAGAGUGCAAGAACUGGUACAAGAGGAGCAUGGGAGCUUGUUAGUGAUUUUGAGAUCAGUACGUUAAAGUCGUUGCAAGAGAGUGUCAGUAAAGAAGGAAAUUAUCAACGUUUUCAUGCAAAAUUUAAAACACUUCACCUGGUACCUAACAUACCUUUAAUAGAUGCCAUCUUAAGUGAAGUGACUCAUAUUCAUCAUGGCUUCCCUGAUGCCCUACCAGACCAUUCCAAAGACAUCAUUAACUUCACAAAAUGGAGAAAACUAGGAAGACACUUGUUGUUGAUCUCUGUGAUUCAGAACACACCUUAUACCUUCGUGCCUGUUGAAGUUAUCCAGGAAUACUUCAAAAGCCUUCAACUAACAGAAUCAUGAUUACUGACAAUAAUAAUAAUAAUAAUAACAAUAAUGAUAAUAAUAAUAAUAACAUAUAACAUACACAUUAUAAUAUACA